GAAAGCUAGAAAAUGAACAGCCAGUGUUCUGAUCAGGUAAUCUCACAAAUGUCACAUUCAAAUUUCAGCGCCAAAGUCAGAUGAAAUUGAUUGAGGUUAUGGGUAAUUUUUAUAAAUAAACAAAUCUAAUUAAUUUAUUUAAACAAAAUGGAAAACACUGAUAAAGAAUUAGUUACUCCGGAUGAUUUUCCAUUUCCAUUCGUCCCUUAUGACAUUCAAUUGCAGUUCAUGAAGUCUUUAUAUUUGGUUUUGCAGGAUGGAAAGUUGGGGAUUUUCGAGAGCCCCACCGGUACUGGAAAAUCACUAAGCAUUAUCUGCGGCGCUUUAAAAUGGCUCAAAGACCAAAACAGCCACAGAAAAAGGACCCUUGCAGAUCAAAUUUUAUUACUAGAUCAGGAAAAACAAAAACUUGCAGCCGAUGACGACUGGUUUACGGCCCAAUCAAAGGAAAUUGAAGUAACAAGGAAAUUAAACGAACUAAAGAUUGAAGAAAAAGUUAUGUUGGAAUAUGAAGAAAAAAUCGAAAAAAUUAAAAACAACAAACACGAAACAAAAAUCAAUUUUAAAAAAUCAAAAACUCAACAAGUUGUUGCAGAAACCACUGAACAAGAUCCAAUAAUAAUUGAAGAUGAGGAUAUUUUAUUAGAUGAAAACAUACAAGAUAAUUUAGAUGAUGAAGAAGAAGAAGCAGACAAUAAAAACAAAUUUCGCCCAAUUCAAAUUAUCAUAGCCAGCAGAACUCAUUCCCAAUUAUCUCAAUUUGUAGGAGAAAUCAAAAAAUCACCAUUUGCUGAUAACAUUCGUGUAGUAUCACUGGCUUCUAGACAAAAUUACUGUAUAAAUCCAACUGUUAAAAAACUCAAUAAUAUGACUCUUGUUAAUGAAAAGUGUUUAGAUAUGCAAAAAAAGAAACAAUCUCAACCAAAACAAGUCCAAGAAGGUAAAGUAUUAAAAAAACAAAAAACUUCAAAUUGCCAGUGCGAGUAUUUCAAACAAACUCACAUAGAAGAAUUAAGAGAUUUUGCCCUGAGCCAAGUGCACGACAUUGAAGAUUUAGUUCAAGUCGGGCAAGAAAUCACUGGUUGUCCUUAUUACGCGAGCAGAAAAGCUGCUCAGGAUGCUGAAGUCGUUUUAGUACCCUACAACACAUUACUCCAUAAAUCGACACGAGAAGCUAAUGGAAUAAAUCUCAAAAAUAAUAUAGUAAUUAUUGAUGAAGCUCACAAUCUUUUAGAAGCUUUAGCUCAAAUGUAUGGGGCAGAAUUGAGUUUUCCUCAGCUUUAUUAUUCAUUGCACUCACUCAAAUGUUAUAAACAAAGAUAUAAUACUAUGUUUUCUGCUAGUACGCUUAGAAAUUUGAAUCAGUUGAUUUUUGUUAUUAAUAAAUUGUGUUUGGUUUUGGAAAAAAAUUUCAAAGAAGAAUCUACUGAAAUCUUUGUAUUGGAACAGUUUGUUUUAAUGGCUGGCAUAGAGCAAUAUAAUUUUUUUAAUCUAUUAAAAUUUUGCAAGUCAAGUAAAAUUUCCCAAAAAGUAAGAUCAUAUUCCUUAAAAUAUCCAGUAACUGAAGAAAUGCGCCAAAAACCUCCAGCCAAAAAAGGCGUUAAAGAUUUCCUGGCUUCAAUAAAAAACCCUGUAGAAGAAAAUCCACAACCAAAAGAAGCUCCAAAACUGCCUAUCCCCAGCAACCCACUUUUAGCAGUAAUUUCAUUUUUAGAAUCACUAACUUAUAGUUACGAUGACGGUCGAAUUCUACUGACAAAAAGUACUGAAAAAGUCCAUUGCAAAUUACAAUUUUUGUUACUCAAUCCUACAUCCAAUUUCAAAGAAAUCAUUGAGGAAGCUAGAUCAGUAAUCGUUGCGGGAGGCACGAUGAAACCAAACCAAGAAUUUCGAGACAGGCUUUUCAUAGGAGCCGGUGCAAGCAAAGACAGAAUCGUGGAAUUUUCUUGCGAUCAUAUAAUUCCUGCUGAAAAUAUUUUGCCUUUUGCUAUCACUAAAGGCCUGGAGCAAGAAAAACUGUUGUUUAAUUUUAGCAACAGGAUGUCUAUGGGUGGCCCAUUGCAAGACAUAAUUAAAAAAGCUUGUGAAACAGUCAAAGGUGGUAUAGUAGUAUUUUUUCCGUCAUACCAUUACGAAAAUUGGGUUUACGAGCAAAUUAAGUCUGUUAAUUUGGGCAGGGCGCUGUUCCGCGAGCCCCAAAAAUCUGGAUCUGUGGAUGAAGUAUUGGAAAAAUACGCGUCUACUAUAAGAAAAUUCAAACAGAACGCCAUUAUGUUUAGUGUUGUCGGUGGCAAAUUGAGUGAAGGGCUUAAUUUCAGUGACGAUCUUGGACGUUGUGUUAUAGUUGUUGGAUUACCUUAUGCUAAUAUUAUGGCGGCCGAUUUAAAGGAGAAAAUGGCAUUUUUGGACAAAAACGAGGGUCAAGGUGCCGGUCAGCAAUUCUAUGAAAACCUAUGCAUGAAAUCGGUGAACCAAUGCAUUGGCAGAGCUGUAAGGCACAAAAACGACUAUGCAACUGUUCUUUUGCUGGAUGAACGUUAUGGGAAAUUGAAUAUUUGUAAUGCCUUACCUGGCUGGAUUAGGAGAUCUUUAAAAGUAGCUGGAAGUGGAGAAGCUUUCAGUAUGAUUGAUAAGUUCUUUGCAGCUAAAAACAAUUAAUUUCAUGGAUCACUAGGUAUAAUUUCGAUACGUUUUCUUUUCGAAUAAUGUACAAUUUUAUUUUCUAAGCUCUCUGUAAAAAAAAAAAAAGACAAAUUAGAUUUUUAUUUUUUCUAUAAACAAUUUCUUACCGCAUUUUUGUCUUUUCAUUACGGGCACGUAGUUUUUGGCUUUUACCCCUGCAACUAAAUGUUCGCUCAGACAUUUAGUUUCAUCCUUAUUGUCCAAUUUACCAUAUAAAUUAUUUAUUAUAUCCUUAAUCAUUACACUCCUGGAAAAUACUUUUUACCACUACAAAUAAAAAACAAAUCAAUUUGAAUAGUUCUUACUUUACAUUUGAAAAAGUCCAUAUCUGCUGCAUAGUAUCAAUUACACAUUUUAAGUUUUCUUGGCUCACAUGCCAUCGAGCAUUUUCAUAUUCACAAUAAAAUAAAUUCAAAGGAAUCUCGUUAGCCAUAUUAUAAUCUGGUUUCCUGGGAUUUGUUUCUACAUUCAACAGUUCGUCUAUUAUGCUGGGCUCUUCCUUGUCAGAGCCAAUCAAAAACAAAAUGCCCAUCAUGUAACGGAUUUGGUGCCAAAUAAAUGCAUUGCCUUUUAUUAUUGCUACAUACAUUGAGCUGCUUAAAUCUUCUAUUUGGAAAUUUUUGAUGUUUCUUGUAAAUUGGACUACGCCGUUGCCAACGUCCAUUUUGGCAAAAUUCCUAAAGUCGUGACUGCCAAUGAAUUUUCUACAAGCCUCUUGCAUUUUCUUAAAAUAAGUAAUGAGUUUUUUUAUAUUUUAUAGUAAAUAUUUGUGUCCUAUUGGCCUUUGUUGUCUCGAUAAAUGGAGACUUUUAACUAAACAUUUGCAGAGAAUUUAAUUGGCUUCAAUUUAAGCCUGAUAACAUAAAGAUCAGAUUGAAAUCAAAAAAGUUGUGAGGCAAAAUAUGUGUCGACGUUUUAUUUAGUUAUCAUUAUUAAUAAUAUUAAAUACAAUAUAUAAAUCAUAAUACUCCCUUCUGUCCCUAAGAAAAUUCAAUUGUAAAUAGUUAUAUGUAUCUUCCACUGAUAAAAAAAUACCCUUUCUACUCAGUUUGUAACCUACAAAUUUAAUAAAUUUACACUGAAUGCUCUCAAGGCGAUCUAUGUAUACAUAUAUUAAAAAAUGGGUACCAAAUUAUGUUAGAAAACUCAAGGAUAGAUCUCACAAAGCUUAUAAAAAGAAUUUUCAGUAUUUUUACAUUUUGUAAAAUCCUGACAAGAUCUCCUAACAAAUCCCAACAUUCUACCUGCACGGGCUAUGACUUUUUCAUAGUGCUCAGAAAAUGUUAAUUUUGUGUCGAGAUACCUUCCCAGGUUUCACAACAGAUACCUGCUUUAACAGACUACCACCUAACAUGUAAUUCAUAGGGAAGUUAUUUUUAAGCCUACUAAACCGCAAAGCUUGACACUUUUCUAUGUUUAGAGUCAUGCUAUUUAGAGUACACCAUCUAUUUAUCUUGUUUAGAUCAGAUCAUUCUGGAUUUCAAUUUGAUCUUUUUGUGACAGAAUCUUGGCGUAUAUUUUUAGGUCAUCAGCAAAUAAUAAGUAUGUAACUUCCAGGAAAGAACAAAUGUCAUUUAUAAAGAUAUUAAACAAAGGAGGACCCUUAUUGGAACCCCUGAUGUGAUAAAAAAUAUAUUAGACAGAUAACCUUCCAUCCUUACUUGUUGAUGCCACAUCCGGCUUCUGAAUGUACCUGUAAUGUAACUGAAAAUCUGUCUAAUCUUUCAUGUGACUAUUUUUACUUUAAUUUUGAGAACGCUGAUUAUUGUGAGCUGAAUUUUUGUCUUUCUUGUGUUGACUGGAGUUUCAUUUCUGAGUGUACCGACAUCAAUGUGGCAGUAUCGCAAUUUUAUGACAUUAUCUAUAACAUCAUUGAAUCAUUUACGCCUCUUUCAAGGUUCAAAAGUCCAAAAUUUCCAAAAUGGAUGUCUGCAAAUCUUAAAUAUUUGAUAAUACGAAAGAAGGAAGCUCACAAAAAAUAUAAAGCCUCACAGUCACAAGAUGAUUAUAAUUUUCCAGUCUUCUUACAGGAACAACAUUCAAAGUUUGAAAAACCAGUUACAUAACAAACGAAAUUUUUGAAAUUAUAUAAAUUCAAAAAAAGGCAAUGCAGAAUACCCAAAGUGCGUGUUCUUUAAUGGGCGGACUCCUUGUCGGAUUUUGGCUUUAUUAGUGAAAAGUUUGUAAACUUAAAUUGUUUAAAGAUGUCAAUUAUUGAUGUUUUUAAUUAAAUUAAUGUUGUAAAGGAAAAUUUGGGAAUGGGUCCUGAUGGAAUUCCAGUACUCUUUUUGAAAAAUUGUAAAUAUGUCUUAGAAAUUUUGUGUAACAUUUUUAACUUAUCGCUUGAAACUGGAGUUUUCCCUGAGGUUUGGAAGAAAUCAUAGGUCACACCUGUUUUUAAGGAUGGGAACAGAGCAGAUGUUAAAAACUACCGCCCUAUUUGUAAGAUCUAUUUAAUGGCAAAAAAUAAUUGAGUCAUUGGUAGCUGGUAAAAUAACACCUCUUUUUAGAAAUUUCAUUAUAAAGAAACAGCAUGGGUUCACUAGGAGGAGGUCCACGGUGUCAAAUCUUUUGGUGUAUGAGCAAAUCCUGUUGGGUGCAUUCGAGAAUGGGUGCCAAGUGGAUGCCUUCUAUACUGACUUCUCGAAGGCAUUUGACAGGGUGGAUCAGAAUAUCAUACUGACAAAUCUGAGGGCAUUAGGAUUUGAUGGCUCUUUUUUUCAGUGGCUUGAAAGUAAUUUGAAGGGCAGAUGGCAGUCUAUUAAAAUAAAAAACUAUAUAUCGUCAGAAAUCUUAGUGACAUCUGGUGUUCCUCAGGAAGGACAUCUAUUCUGUCCACUUUCUUCUUCAAUGUAUUUGUGAAUGAUAUUAAGACAGUCCUUGAUGACUGCCUGUUUCUUGCUUUUCCGGAUGAUUUCAAAUUAUUCAAAAUUAUUAAUAAUCAUGGUGAGUGUCAGUCUCUGCAAAAUCAGUUAAACAUUUUCUCCGAUUGGUGCCAAAAUAAUAACUUGAGCCUAAAUAUUGUUAAGUGUAAUGUUGUCACUUUCUGCAGGUUGAAGCAGCCAAUAUUAUUUGACUACUUUAUUGAUUCUGUAGGGUUAGAAAAAAAGAAUCUGGUGAAAGAUCUAGGAGUGUGGCUAGAAAGUGAUCUUACUUUUUCUUAUCACAUUAAUAAUGUGACCAUAAUGUGAAUAAUAGAGCCAUGAGGUUGUUGGGAUUUGUUUUUCGGUCGUUGAAGGAGGUUGAAAAUAUUUUUGUUUUGAGGAAUGUUUUAUGUGCGUUGGUUAGAUCUGUUCUGGAAUAUGCCAGAUGCGCAUCAGGUUAUAACGUUUCCUACAAGAUACAGAAAUAAUGAAAUUUCACUAGAUUUAUUGCUGGUUAAUGACAAUGCAACACCCACCAAUAGGGUGUAGUAAUCAUGUAGUGAUAACAGCUAAAACACAGAUUCAACUGGCUUCUAAGCCAACUAAAAAGAUCUAUAAAAGAAAUUGCUGGAAGGCAAAUUAUGAUGAAAUUAACAAAUACAUAACUGAGCAGUUAGAUGCCUGCACAUGCCAAAUUGAUGCAACAUAGCUAAUAAGUUUGGUGACAAAAACCACUGAGCUACAUGUACCCUUAAACCCUAAGCAUGUCAAUUCAAAUAAACCUUGGCUCAACUGGGGAUAAGUAUAAAAGGACAAAAAUAAACACAGUGAUCAUUACAAAUAACAAAAUAAUAUAACGAAGCAGAUCUUGAACCAGGCUAGGCAAGAAUAUGAACAGAAUUUUUUGCAAGCUCCUGUUAAGAAAUUUUACUCCCAUAUAAAACAUUCCCCAAACUCCCGUCUCCAAAAUUUUGCACUCAGAAACACUAACACGAAUCAGAUUACUUACGAUGAGACUGAAAUUGCCAAUUGCUUUGCAGACCAGUUUUAAACAGUAUUCACUUAAGAAGAUAACAACCUACCAACUCUUUCACCUGAACUACGCAUCGCUGCAGAGAUAAGUAAUAUAGAAUUCACCCCAGAAAAAGUACAAAUGGCCGUUUUCUCUCUAAAGGCGGAGUCUAGUCCUAGUCCUGAUGAAAUUCCAUCCCUCUUUCUGAAAAACCACUCCAAAUCGCUCUCAAAUCCUAUAGCCACUAUUCUAAACUCUAUAAUGAAAAGAGCUCCUAUUCCAGAAAUAUGGAAAACCUCAAUAGUUGUACCAAUCUUUAAAAAGGGGGACAAACUGGAACCAUCAAAUUACAGACCAAUAAGUCUCACCAUCAGCGCACUCUGCAAAUGCAUGGAGAAAAUCCUAGUGAAUGAGCUAACAUCUUUUUUACUACAACAGCAAGUAAGUAAUACCUGAUUCUCCAGCAUGGGUUUUUACUAGGAAGAUCAACAUUCAACAACCUGCUGGAAAGAUUCAACAAAUGGACUCAAAUGGAUGACAGUAAUACACCAUUUGACAUUGUCUACAUAGAUUUUGAAAAAGCUUUUGAUAAGAUUCCUUUCAGGAGACUCCUGGUAAAAUCGGAGCACAAUGGAAUACAGGGCAAUGUGCAAAGAGGUAUAGCGAACUUAUCCAAGGGAGGACCUUUCAAGUAAAAAUAGGCAAUAUUCUUUCUAGUAGUCGCGAGGUGCAUAGCGGAGUACCACAGGGCUCGGUUAUUGUAACUUUGCUGUUUAUAUUAUAUCGGGUCUUCAAGAAAAAAACCAAUCGAAGAUUGCUUUGCUUAUGAAAACGUACGUCGCAUUACUGUUUCUUUAUUGGUCAGGAUUUUUGACAUGACAUUUUGACAUUAGGCUCAUUGACAAAAUCAAAGAAAAAUAUUGCUAAGACAUACGUUCAAAAAACCAUAGCAAUCUUUGAUUGGUUUUUUUUUUGAAGACCCCAUACAUAAGCGACCUUCCUGUAUCUCGCGUGUUACACCUCAUCCUUUGCGACAAAUUCUACGUACAGAGCAAGUGACUUAAUACCUACAAAUGCAGAGCAAUCUUGACAAAAUUAAACAAGGAUUAUAACAUGGCAGAUGCCAUUAAACGAAUCUAGGUGCACUUUACUUAGAAAUAACUAAUCCCAAUCAUAGGUACACUAUAGGAAACACUGAGGUGACUCCAGUCGAAAAACAGAAAGAUCUAGGCUUAAUAGUUACAAAAUACCUCAAAUGAGAGUGACACAUGUCAACUGUCAAAAAAAGUGAACACCGUGAUUAACCUUAUCGUCGGCAUCAUAUGAAAAUUGCCUAAAUUCAAUUUUUUUCAAAAUUGAGAUUUUAGUGCAGACUUGUGAGAAACUCAAUAAUCUAUGAUGCAACAAAAUAUUUGGGCGAUAAAUUAUUAGAUGGAGCCACAGAACCAUGAAAAGAAAUUUGCAUAAGUCCAUAGGAUAGAGUGAAACUUGCGUAAGUCCAGUCCCUUUUGUGUAUUCUUGCCGGUGAUUUUUCUCAUGUAGCUUUUCUUGACAAAGGUUUUUUUGCGCCUCCUGUAAAAUUUACCUUUUUGGACUUAGGCAAUUUUCAUAUGAUGCCGACGUUAUAAGAAAGUCGUUUAAAGUGUGAUAUGCUACAAGCUUUACAAGACAUACAUAAGACCAAAACUAGAAUAUAUGCAAAGUAUAUGGAGUCCUUAUUAUGUUAAAGAUAUAGAUCAUCUAGAGAAAGUUCAGCGAAUGGUAACUAAGAUCCGAGCUAAGAUUCCUUCAGAGCUCAACGAUUUUUCUUAUCAAGAACAUUUACAGCGCCUUAAUCUUAUAACCCUCUACCAAAGAAGACAGCGAGGAGAUCUGAUUGAGACAUAAAAUAACAGCGCAUGGUAACUAAAAUCCCUUCAGAGCUCAACAAUCUCUGUUAUCAAGAACGUUUACAGCACCUUAAUCUCACCACCCCCUACCAAAGAAGACAUUUAUGGAUAUUUGAUUGAGACUUACAAAGUAACUAGUGGUCAUUACAAGUUCAAUAUCAUUAACAUCUUUAUUCCUGCCAAUAAUACGCACCUGAGAGGGCAUAACCAGAAAUUAAACAAGGAAAAAUGUUCCAAAUUAUUAAAACGCAAUUUCUUAACGAACAAGGUUGUGUAUUUGUGGAGUAACCUGGAGUCAAGACACGGUAAAUGCCACUAGUGUUAACUCCUCCAAAAAUCGUGUAGACAGAGAUAUAAGUGAAAACUGAGGUGAAAAUAAUAACCAGUUUAUCCACUAUCCCCAGUAAACCACUGACAAAAUAAUUCCAUAUCUGAGAUACAAUGGAUUUGACAAUUAAUUAUGGAACUAAAAUUGUGAACUGAUAUAAAAACCAAUCAAUAGACUCAUCAGCUUUGUCGCCUUCUAUUGUAAAAUAAUAAUAAUAAUAAUAAUCUUUGUUAUUCACAAUAUUGUGACUCUUGUAAUAAUUACCUGAAUAUUCAAUUUUCCUUUGGGAAAAUAAUACUUAUAAGUCCUACAAGUGCAAUCGAAUCUUGCACUGAAAUCUUCCUCGACAGCAGCCCAAGCAACACACUGAAUAUUAUUGGGUAAAACCCUAUUCAAGACUUUACAAUAAUCAAUUUCAUUGUCCGCAUUGUCAGAUACGGAUCUAACAUUAAUGGAAAUUACUUGUCCGAAAGAGCUGACACCUUUAUCAGUUCUGCCGCAUCUGUGAUAAUUUGAGGAACUUCUGUCUUUUAUCAGACAAGUCCUCCUGAGAGCUUGAAACAGAUGGUGUUCCACUGUAUUUGUGGUGUCUUCUUGGACCGCGAAUCCCCUAUAAUCCCAGCCUAAAUAAAAGACGU